AUGAAUCAGCAUUAUCAUUUUAAUUAUGAUUCUGAUAAAGAAUCAGGUGUAGAUUAUCUAACAGAUUACAUUAAUUCCGAUGAAAAUGAUAGUUAUGACGAUCUUGAAAAUCAAAUACUUGAUUAUAUUGGAAUGAAACAAUUCCUUGCCAUUUCGUCUUAUAAUACUGAAGAAAAUUUGGAUGAACAUCUAACUAAUAAUGAUAAUCAUCAUCGUUAUAGUUAA